AUUAUAUUAUUAUCAUAUUAAAUCAAGAUUGCUACAAUCCAAAUACGAUUGAAAUAAUAUAAUCUGUUCACCAUGGAAUUUGCUAAAUAUCCGUAUUAAAUAUUAUCUGAAUCUAUAGAACCAUUAUAAAUCCCUAAUUUAAAGUAUGUAUCCCAACAGAAAACUCCCAAGUCGAUAUCAUGUUUUCCCAUUAUAUAGACUUAUUCCAUCAACAAACUUGAUGGAAACCAUAAACAACUAAAACACUCACAACUCUCCCCCUUUUUUUCCAAUUUCCUCUAUAAAUACUGACAUCAAGUGAUCAACACGCAUUUCUUGUACCAAAAUAUAUACAUCGUUUCUCUCUUUUGUUUGGAGUUUGAUCAAAUCAGCAAAUCCAUCCAAACAGCUUUUUAGUUUCUGCUCAUGGAUUAUAGAGAUUGUGGAAAAGAGGCUUGUCGAGAGACUACAGAUCAUGAUCAAGAGACAUUAAUGAAUGGCAACAACUUGAAGCCUACAUCUGCAAGUGAGAAGCCUGCAACGGGGAGAGGAGAUUGGAGAACCCAAUUGCGGAGUGAUUUACGACAAAGAAUUGUGAACAAGAUGUUCGAUAGGAUGAUGAGGCACCUUCGAUCUUCUGGGGAAGACGAAUUAAAUGAACUCAGAAAAACUGUUGAAACAUUUGAAGAAAAAACUUACAAUGCAACAAGUAACCAGUUCGAUUAUGUAAGGAGAAUAUCUAUGAAGUUGCUUCAAAAGGAGACCCAAUCUCAGAACAUUGUGCAGAAUUCUGGCCAAUGUAGCAAUAAUCUUCAAAAUCCAGGUUCCCAGAGCAUGCAGUCAGAACAAGUUCACGUUGAAGGGCUAUCACACCAGAACAUUCCAAAUGAUAUGAAGGGCAAAAGCAACAUAUAUGACCUUCCAGGGAAAGAUGGACCUGACGAUUUCUUCCCAAAACAAUGGCCUCCUUUACCAGCGCUGUAUAUCUCCAAACAAAUGCCUACGAUAUGGUCAACAUCUGUGGAUUUUGCAGACCUGACAAUGGGUCAACAAAACAACCUUUCAAAUAUGCAUCAGCAACAACAGCAGCAGCAGCAGUUAAUGGCUCAACAAAACAACCUUUCAAAUAUGCAUCAGAAACAGUUGGGUCCUCAGAGUAAUAUUUCAGGACUACAGCAGCAGCAGCAGCAAUUGGUUGGAACCCAGUUGGGUAACUCAAGCAUGCAAACUAAUCAACAAUCUUUACACAUGCUAUCCCAGCCCAAGGUUGCACUCCAACAAACGCAGCAGACUGCACCUAAUUUACUGCCAACUCAAGGACAGACAUCCCAGCAGCCACAACAGGAGCAGCAACUGAUGUCUCAGAUGCAAUCACAGCCUACUCAGUUGCAGCAACAGUUGGGUUUGCAACAGCAGCCCAAUCAAGUACAACAAAAUAUGCAGCAGAGACUUCAAGCAUCAGGUCAAACAUCAAGCUCCUUGCUUCAGUUGUAUCAAUCCCAGAGAGCUGUUCUGGAGACAUCAACAACAUCUUUAGAUUCCACAGCUCAAACAGGACAUUCUAAUGGGGGUGAUUGGCAAGAAGAGGUCUAUCAAAAGAUCAAGGCCAUGAAAGAGACAUACUUUCCCGAAUUAAAUAUGAUGCACAAGAAAAUUUCUGCCAAGUUGCUGCAGGUAGAGCAAGAUUCUCUUCCACAGCAGCCAAAGUCAGCGCGGCUUGAGAAGAUGAAACUAUUCAAGACCAUGUUGGAGCGCAUUCUAGCUUUCUUAACAAUUUCCAGAGCUGCUAUAGUACCGGCUUUCAAGGACAAGUUGAGUUCGUAUGAGGAGCAGAUAAGAAAAUUUAUAAUUGCCAAUAGGCCAAUGAAGCUUGUCUCAGCUUUGCAGCAAGGACAGCUUCUUCCAACUCAUAUGCAUUCCAUGCAGCAGCCUCAACCUGAAAGUAAUCAAACACAAUCUCACGAUAAUCAAAUGAACCCUCAGUUUCCGUCAAUGAUGAGACCAGCUCUACAGCAGCUGCAGCUUCUUCAAAUGCUGCAACAGCGAGGUUUGCACCGGGUUGAUGAGCAGCAGUCACCUGCAAAGAUUAAAACAAAUGAAUUAUCAUAUUGGCAUGAAAUAGAUAUUGAUUCUGGAGCUCAAGGAAACCUCCCUAGUAACCAACUUCCAGGUUAUGAGGAAGCAAGAUCUGAAUACCACGCACCCGACACUGCUGGGAUUGGUGUGCCGCCAACUAUGUCAAUACCACCUUUGCUUCCAGGGAUUAAAGAAGUUAAUGAUACUAGUGGUAACGCUUUGACAACUGAUUUUGGCAAGCCGGACAUCACAGAACAGCCACAUGAUCUCAAGGUGAACAUGGCAAAACCCAAAUCACUGAGUGCAACUGUGGUGACCAUGGUUGAUGAGGCAGUCAGUGCAGUCGGCGAGGAUUUGGCGGCCAUGAAAAAGCAAGGACUGCAUGCAAGAAAUUUCUUUACACAAACUGGAAUGAGUGGAGCUGAGAAAAUGAGAUGUUAUUUGAGUGCACUAGUUAUAUUAGCUCUCCUCAUUUUUUUCAUUUUCAACCUCAACCACCAAUAUUAAAGCACUGGAAUAUGCAGGACCGGUUCAGUUCUAUUCCCCACCCCCCUAAAUUUUGUUUUAAGUUUAUGUUUGGGUAAAGGAUGAAAGAUCUUUUUAUUAACAUUGGUUUCUCUCUUUAUAAUAAUAAUAAUAGCCAGGGAACUUGUUCCCAUGUUAUUCAUUAGAUGUCCUGAUAAUUUAUCUUCUUGUUCUAGCUUGAGAAAUUAUAUAUAUUUGCGUAGUGUAACCAAA